CACCAAAGUCUUCGUGGGCGGCCUCGCUUGGGAGACCCCCAAGGAAGCCAUGAAAGACCACUUCGAAAAAUACGGCGACAUUCUCGAAGCCAUCAUCUCCGACAAGCUCACCGGCCGAUCCAAGGGCUACGGCUUCGUCACUUUCAAAGACGCCGAUGCGGCCAAGAAAGCGUGCGAGGACCCCACUCCGAUCAUCAACGGCCGCCGCGCCAACUGCAACCUCGCCGGCCACGGCGGCUGCCGCUGCACCUUCCCACCACCGUCGCCACCGCCGCUGCAACCAUGGGCUCAGCAGCAGCAUUGAUACGCCUUCACCUGGAAGCAAGAACUCAGCAUGUCUAGAUGAUAUGCCUCCUAAACAGGACCACACUGUCAUUGACGUACCUAUCAUUGGGAGAUCAUCUGUGACAAAGAACUCACCUGAUGGAAAGUAUGCAUCAGUGUUUAUGACAGAGCUCGGUAUA